GGACGCCCGUGGUGUUUCCGUGCUCUCAAUGCCCAUUCUGUGCAGGUUCCUGAUUCUCUGCGGGUUCUUUCCUGCUGAAGACAAUUCUCUUCCUGUCCCGGCCUAGGAUUAGGGGGCUGAACCCGAGGCUGUGCUGGUUUGGGCCUCAGCAUCUCAGUGGAAUGUGUGUGCCACCCCCGGGCUAGACGAGGGGGCCGAGGGUCAGGGUGGGCGUUCGUUGUGCCCCUUCCCGACCUUCGUAGGCCAGAGCGGAGUGAGGGGCUGUACAAUGAGCCUCCUUUUCCUUGAAGGAAGGAAUUUUGGUGGAGACAAUAGGGCCCUGUCUGCUCUGGCAUGGGGGGCAGUGCCUGACUCAACUUUACGCUCCCCGAGCCCUAACAAAUGCUGUCAAGAGAUGGGGGCGAUUUUCCCCUCGGAGUCUUGGCCCGCCCCCCGCCGCCCUUUGUGCAGAUUCGCUGGAUCUUUCUUUCCUCAGCUCAUCUCGCCUCUUGCCCCAGAUGCUGACCUGCUUGGCCUCUCCGCCGGCCCUGCAGCCUGUGCUGGCGGGGAAGGCUCGGGGGUACUGGUGGUAUUUACAGCUGCGAGCUCCUGUUGAUGUGUGGAGUCCAGAAUUUGAGGUUUCUGAGAGCUGGGAAGAUUCUUCCAGGGAGCCCUUUGCUGGCGGGGGUGAGGGUAAUAGGGCUUGACCCCACUGAGCCCACCAGGCUGGAGCUGAGGAGGAGGCCUGUGGGAGGGGGCAGGACCGGGAGGACUCCGGGUGGCCCGCCCCUCCCUUCCUCUGUUCCCAGGACCGCCCACCCAGCAGUCUGGAGCUGCUGCUGCUGCUGAGGCGGCUGCCUGAAGUGUCCCGGCAGAGAGGGGAGCCAGGUGGGAAGGCGAGGAGGAAGCAGGAGCGGGAACCAGCAGUGUUCGUGGAAGGGGCCGGCUGGAGACUGCGGAGCAGAGGGGAAGGGCGUCCUUAACCUCUGCCUGCAGCUGUCGGCUUGCCGUCAGGGCAGUGAUGGGGCCCUGGGCUGAGCUGCGGACUCUCUUACGCGGACUUUCACUCCUGCUGCUGGUGCGGUCCGGCGAGGGGGCCACGGGCGGACCCCUCAAGCAGAGACAGGGGGUCUGCUCCAAGCAGACGCUGGUGGUCCCGCUCCGCUACAACGAGUCCUACAGCCAGCCAGUGUACAAGCCCUACCUGACCCUGUGCGCCGGGAGGCGCAUCUGCAGCACCUACAGGACCACGUACCGCGUGGCUUGGCGGGAGGUCCGACGGGAGGUGCAGCAGACCCAUGCCGUGUGCUGCCAGGGCUGGAAGAAGCGACACCCAGGCGCGCUCACCUGUGAAGCCGUGUGCACCAAGCCCUGCCGGAAUGGAGGCGUCUGCGUCGGGCCGGACCAGUGCGAGUGCGCGCCAGGCUGGGGCGGCAAGCACUGCCACGUGGACGUGGAUGAGUGCAGGCCCGGAAUCUCCCCAUGCUCGCACAGCUGUCUCAACACAGCGGGCAGCUUCACCUGCAGCUGCCCCCGAGGCCAGGUGCUGGGCUCGGACGGGCUCACAUGCACCCUGCGCUCCUCAGGGCGCCCGACCAGCGCCAGCAUCCUCAGCGUGGCAGUUCGGGAAGCGGAGGAGGAAGCCGAGGACGGCACCCUGAGGCGGGAGGUUGGCAUGCUGCGAGGGCGCCUGCAACGGCUGGAGCAGUGGGCCGCCCAGGCUGGGGCCUGGGUCCGUGCAGUGCUGCCCAUGCCGCCUGAAGAGCUGCAGCCGGAAAAGGUGGCCGAGCUGUGGGGCCAGGGCGACAGGAUCGACUCUCUCAGCGACCAGGUGCUGCUGCUGGAGGAGAGGCUGGGCGCCUGCUCCUGUGAGGACAACAGCCUGGGCCCUGGUCUCAACCAUCGAUGAAAAGCCUCGCUAACCCCAGCCCUAAUUUAUACAGAAACCGGCUUGACUAAUCUUCUGGGAUUGGCCAACUGGCGCUGCAGAUAAGGCUAUCCGGAUCAGGGAACAAAGAGCCCCAGCGAUGCUGGCAGCCGGUCGGCUCCCCGGGGCAGGCUGUCCGGGCCAGGUCUGCUUCUUCAGCGCCUUAACAAACCCGGCGAGAAGGCACCCACAUUUCGCUCUCUUUAUUCUCACUUGCUUGCUGUUAUCCAGAUAAUUAAUAAAAACCAACCACACAAAA